UUCUUUUCACUAUAAAAACGUUCGUUAUGAGUGGGACUUUAUUUUGUUUUAAACGAAACGUGUUGUUACAAUUUUGGAGGUACUCAAGUACAACAACGAAACAAACACCGGCUGUAUAUUGCUUGGAACUAGUUAGAAAACAUGAUUAUGAAAAUUUUUUAUGCACAUUAUUAUUACCACAUGAAACUAGAGCAGUUGCAUUUCCAAUUCGUGCAUUUAAUGUUGAAGUGGCUCAAGUAAAAGAUCAAGUAAGUGAUUAUAAAAUAGGAGAAAUGAGAUUAAAAUUUUGGGAAGAUGCAUUAAAUAAUACAUACAAAAAAAAUCCUCCUAAAAGUCCUGUUAUGUUGGCAUUGUAUAAGAUUUUGCAGAAGCAUUCUCUUUCUAAACAUUAUUUUAAACGAUUAAUUGAUAUAAGGUUUGAAAAACUUCAUGAUUAUUCAUUUAAUGAUAUAACUGCAAUAGAAAGGUAUGCAGAAUAUAGUAAUUCUUCCAUCUAUUAUCUUUUAUUGGAAGCACAUGGUGUAACUAACAUUAAUGCAGAUCAUGCUGCAAGUCACAUGGGCAAGGCACAUGGAAUUAUUAAUUUAAUACGAUCAGUUCCUUAUAAUGCUAGCAAAAGAAUUAACAUGUUACCACAAGAUAUUUUAAUGAAACAUGGUGUUUCUACUGAAGCAGUAUUGCAAGGUCAAUCAAGUAAAGAACUUCAAAAUGUGAUAUAUGAUGUAGCUUCUUAUGGGAAACUACAUUUAGAUGCUGCCAUUUCUCUCAAAAGUAAUGUGGGAAAAAAAGCAAAUUUGAUCUUUUUACCAAUAAUUUGUCUACAAAAGUAUUUAGAAGAACUGAGAAGAGUAGACUUCAAUAUCUUUGAUGCAAAAUUAUAUAGGAAAGAUAAUUUACUCCCCUUAUAUUUGUUUUUGAAAAGUUGGAUGUUUUAA